UAUGUAUAUAUAUAUAUUCAUCGUCUCUUUGAAGCUUCCUAAUCUUCUGACCAUGUGAAAGCCGAUUUGUCUUCUCUCUUUCUCAUGUGAGAAGGCUGUUCCGGAAUCCCCUCACUUCAUACUCCUUUUGAGAUCUAAUCGGAGUGAGAAAAAAUAAAAGAUUUACUAGAAACUUAUUCUGUUGUAAGCACUUUCCUGUCUUUUUUUAAUUUCCGGUUUUCCUGCUAUCCUUGUUACUUUCAUGAUUUUUUUUAAAUAAUGUAUCAGCUUUCUGCGAUUCAUGUACACAUUCCCUGUAUUAAUGUUCUGAUUUAAUUUUUUAAGUGUAAAAGUUUAUUUGAAGAUUACUGAGUAAGCAGAUCUCUGCAUUGUUCAUGUGAUUGGUUGUAUUUGCGCCUAGGGUUUCUCGAUUUAGCUUCUUUGAUGAUUUACUUUACCUAUUUAUUGUUAUCAUAGAAAUCUUACUCUACUUGUUUAGGGUUUUUAUUAGCUACUAUUCAAAUUUAGGAGAUUUAGCGGUCAUUUUCGAGAAAUUUGAACUUUGUAGUCUUCUGAGCUUGUUGUGUAAACUGCGUUUGGCUUUAGAGAUUGUGGAUGAUGGAUAAGGAGAAGUCUCACCAUGGGAACAUACUUCCGCCGUCGGGGAGGUACUCUGUUUUCCCACCGCCUGGGAGUAGUUACAAUGCCAAGCCGGAGCAAACUGGUUUGUCGAGUUUGCCUCCGCUAGGGCCGGGCAGUUCAUCGGAGCAGGGUCAUUUUGGUCACGGUGUGCCAUCGGAUUCCAGGCAAUUUAGUCAUGAUAUAAGCCGCAUGCCCGACAAUCCACCAAAGCAUAUGGGCCAUCGACGUGCUCACUCCGAGAUUCUUACCCUUCCGGACGAUAUUAGCUUCGACAGUGAUUUGGGCGUUGUUGGUGGAUUGGAUGGCCCCUCGUUUUCCGAUGAUACUGAGGAUGACUUGUUUUCUAUGUAUCUUGACAUGGAUAAGUUCAAUUCUACGUCUGCAACUUCAUCGUUCGAAGCUGGGGAGUCGUCUAAUGCAAUGGCAGCGGAGCAAGGUCUUUCGUCUGGUCCUUUGGGAGCUGCUAAUCAAUCUUUAUGUGAGAAACCUAGGAUUAGGCAUCAGCAUAGCCAGUCCAUGGAUGGUUCGACUACUAUUAAAUCAGAGAUGUUCAUGUCUGGUUCAGAAGAUCCAGCUUCUGCUGAUACCAAGAAGGCCAUAUCUGCUGCUAAGCUCGCUGAGCUUGCUCUUGUCGAUCCAAAGCGUGCUAAAAGGAUUUGGGCAAAUAGGCAGUCAGCAGCAAGAUCAAAGGAACGGAAGAUGAGGUAUAUCGCUGAACUUGAAAGGAAAGUGCAGACUCUGCAAACAGAAACGACUUCAUUGUCUGCACAGUUAACUCUACUGCAGCAGAGAGAUACAAAUGGUCUUACAGCUGAAAAUAGCGAACUCAAAUUACACUUGCAUACGAUGGAACAACAAGUCCAUUUACAAGAUGCUUUGAAUGAUGCGUUGAAAGAAGAAAUUCAACAUCUCAAGGUUUUGACUGGUCAGCCAACGCCUAACGGUGGAACUAUGAUGAACUUUCCUGCGUCCUAUGGAGCUAAUCAGCAAUAUUUCUCCAACAACAACUCAAUGAACACGAUGUUAACAGCUCAGCAACUUCAGCAGCUUCAGCUGCAUUCUCAGAAGCAGCAACAGCACCAAUUUCAGCAGCGUCAACCCCACCAGUUUCAGCAGACUGCGGACAUGAAGCUUAGAAAUUCUAUGCAAUCUCCUCUGGAAAAGGAACGUGCCCCCGCCCCCGACUCAUCAUCGAAGGAUUAGGUAUGGAAACAGGCAUGUGUUUUCGGGUGGAAAGCGGUAUAUGUCAUUAAUCUUUAGCACAGUUACUUUUUGGCUAGUCUGGUUUAGGUAAAAAUACACAAAUCUUGGUUUCAGUAGGCAGUUUAUUCAAUUUGAAUUCAUUUGAUAUUUGUUUUAUUGUUCUCACCUAGAGUAUUGAGCUUCUUUUACUGACUCUUAUGUUUAGUAGUAAAACUCAUAUACUAUACAUGA